CCCUCCUUACCCUCAGAUCCAACUGAAACCAUUUCCCUUCCAACCAUGAUGAUUUUGGCAGCAAUUGCAGCACUGGAUGACAAGAAUGGCUCCAACAAGACAUCUAUAUCGAAGUACAUUGAAUCAAAAUACGGUGACUUGCCAGCCGGUCACACAGCGCUACUCACACACCAUCUAGCCAGGAUGAAGGACACUGGAGAGCUAGUCUUUUGGAAAAACAACUACAUGAUACCAGAUCCAAAUGCACCACCACGGCGGGGCCGAGGCAGGCCACCUAAGCCCAAGGUUCCACUGCCACCAGGCAGCGUUCCUAUCCCUGCCAAGCCUAGAGGUCGUCCGCCAAACGACCCAGAUGCACCCCCAAAGCCAGUGAAGCCCAAGCCUGCUGCUACAGGAAGUGGAAGGCCAAGAGGGAGGCCACGCAAGAUUGCACACUCGAUGGAGGAUAUGAAUGGGACUACUACGACUAGAACUGUGGCAAUGGCAGAAAGCUAAAGCCUGAUUCUGUAACUGAAGUGAGUGCUCAAAAUUAGGCCACCUUUUAGACUGAUGGUAGUGAUUUCUGGACUGACCUUGUAGAAUUCAGUGACUUGUGUGUUUUAAAGUGUGUACUCGAGCCUGUAGAGUUAGAGGAUUGUUGUUGUUGUUGAGGCUCUCAAGUUUAGUUUAUAGAUGAUAAUUUGCGAGUAAGGAGCUAAGUAUAUUUUGAGUUUGUUUACUUUGUUAUGUUCUACUAUGGUGUACGUUCUUUGACCGAGAAACCCACAACUAUAUUUGAUUUAGUUGAUCGCGUA